AUGUCGACUGACAAAGCGCAACAUGCCCCGCCAAAUCCAGAACCCAUCAGCCUUUCAACACUUCCCCUUCCACCAGUUGCACCCAGCAACGAUACCGGUGCUUGCACGCCAGAAGUGAAUCCAAAUGGCACUGGAUGCAUGACUCUUGCUUCAAAUCAGGACUUUCAAGCAGGCGGCUUUCUAUUGGAUGGAAAGCAUGUUUUGGUGCACGUCACCUUUACAGGCGCUCCGUCAUCUCCGGGCCCAUCCAGUGUUUACAACGGUAGCCAGAUUAUUGCCGUGAGGACCGACGGCCAGAACUUUCCUGGUGGAAGUCCGUGGAAAUGUCUUACUUGUGGACUGGCCGAGAAUAACACAAGAGGAAUGAGCCCAACAUACAGCUACCCCCAGGCUUUUGGUGACGGAAAAAGAGUUCUCUUCGGUACCAAUAUACUCGAUUGCGGGCCGCAUAAACUGGUUGAUGCGGCUUGUACACCUGAGCUCACCCACGUUUAUCCCAUACGGUGGGAUACUAGCCCUGAUGGGACCGGGAAGGGCGGCGCUAUUCGGGAGCUGCGUUUGCACCCCGAUGACCUCCAUCUUGGAUUCAAUGCUUUCACAACUAACGGUCCAAAGAUCGGUCAGUACGCGUACCUCGGAAGAUUGAAGUUCAACGCAAAGCCAACAGCCGGCAUACCGCUUGUUCCGCGUUACGAUCUCGUCAAAGUCACCCGACUGUUCAACCCAGAAGCAGACCAACCUAUUACGACGCAUGGUAAACACAUCACCAUAAAUAGGAACGCCAUAGCUGUAGGCGAGCUUCGUGGUUUCAGCGGCAGGGGAACUGAAGCUACGUACAUCGGCUAUCCUGCCGAGUCCUCCAACAUUGACGUCUUCGCUGUUCACUUGGAGACUGGCAAGGUGCGGCGACUUACAAGACACCCAGAAUACUGCGAUCCGAUUGCUAUCUCACCUGACGAUAAUUGGAUGGCGGUUUUGGACACGCGAGGAACGGACCGUCAAAUGUGGCUCUCUGGCAUGAGACAUAUCCCUCCUAUUACCGACCUGAUCAGCACGUCAAUUACAUCCUCGACGAGAAACAACGGGCAGAGAAGGUUCUUCAGGCCGUAUCUCUUGGAUCGGCAUGGUGAUCGCGGGGAAUACUUUGGCCAGAAGAUCUAUGGGGAAGGGGAAGGCGUUCCUGGCAGCGGCGAUUAUAACGACCCCGAAUGGAAUGCAAUUGCUGACCCGAGAUGGUCUCCGGAUGGCACUCAGAUUAUUUACGCGGAGGCUCAAACACUCCCUCCUGCUUGUGGAGGGACAAACCCGCUUCCAUGCUAUUCGUCUAAGGAGCCAGGAGGUAGACGAGUGCGUGUAGUGCUGGCAACUCUUACUACUCGGGAGCCCCUCAAUCUUCCUGCAGUCGACCCCAUCUCCGACGAGGUCCCAUGGGGUGUCAAGUACUCUCCAGGAGACAUUGAUCCACAGCGUUCCGAGCCGACACCUGGCAACUACACACUGAUGGGCCUCAGUUGUGGAUAUGCAAGUGUUGAGAUCGUUGGGGCAGAUGAUGCAUCUACCAGUGAGAUCAGUGUAGUCUAUCAUCACUUCUCAGAUGAUGAAUCAACGUUCCUGUCAGGAUCAGAAACAGUUCGCGCCACGUUUCCAUCUCUGACGCUGAGUCAUGUCGACUGGUAUUCUGACCUGACUCAAACUGGAAACUCGAAGAAUUCAAAGAAGACAAGUCCAAGUGGCUUCCAUCUGACUAUUGACGUUUUGAAGAACAUAUUCCAGGCAAAUGGGACCAUGAACACCACGAUUAACGGCAAUCUCUAUACACAGCCAGCAAAUGGAACGUGA